AUGGACAUGGACCAUCUGAUCGGUCAGCGGUUCAAUCUCAUCUCCAAAAGUGAAAUUCGCUAUGUCGGCACCCUCCAUGAAAUAAAUCCUGAGCAGUCCACUAUCGCCUUGGAAAAUGUCUACUCAUUUGGUACCGAAGACCGAAAGGUCGAAAAAUUCAUCCCUCCUUCGCAACAGAAAUAUGGUUUCAUCGUCUUCCGUGGAAGUGAUGUCAAGGACAUCAAGAUUGCUGAAGAAGAACAAUCGCAACCUUCUCCACCCUCUAAUAUGCCGAGUGAUCCCGCGAUAUUGAAUGCUUCUCGUCCUGGCCCUCCACCUCAAGGUCCCCCGCGCGAUGGUCCCUUCUCUCCGGGCGAAUACCCUCCACAUCCACCUUUUGGCGGUUACUAUCCUCCAGGUCAGUUUGGGAGGGGCUACGGUCCUCCACCAGGAGGGUUUGGCCCCGGCCCAGGAUUUCCACCCUAUGGUCCUCCGCCGCCAGGAUAUUUUGGUCCACCGGGUGGUUCAGGGGGGUUUCCACAAGGUCCGAGUCCUCAUCCGUUCCAACCUCAUCAAACUCCAAUUGGGCCUCCCGGACAACGCAAUAGUGUUCCACCACCUCCGCCACAAUCUCAACCAGAGCCAGAGUCUCGAGCUCCUGGGCCCGCGCCUGCCUCGAAUCUCACUUCAGAGCUACCGGUCGAUAAUAAAGCUUCUGAAUCAACGCCUCCGGCGCAACCGAAGGUCUCACAAACGGCUGCUUCUACUCAAGCUCAACCGACCGUCGCUGGGAUUGCGGCCAAGGCUCCUCCAUCGGGCACGGCUCCGGCACCCACGGCCGCCGCUCCAAAACCUACCCCCUCAGGACCAAAGACCAAUCGAGUUACCCCCGCGGUGCCAUUGACGGUCAAUCAGAAGUCCUUUACGCCUCCCGCUCCCAGUGCGACAGACGGUGCAUCGACGAAUGGGACCACGAAACCUGCCAAACCGGCCCCAUCUCAAGCUGCUAUGGACGAAGCAUCUCGACGAGCCAAAGAAGCCGUUGCGGCGGCCAUGGCGAAGCUCAAUCCUCAGGCCCCAACAUCGCAAACCAAACCUCUCCCAUCGACUGCAGCCGUUGAUGCUCUAUCGAAGAAAGUGGCAGACACGUCAAUGUCCAACACCACAAACGGUACCGCCCGUGGUGGAAGAGGUGGAUUCAGAGGUGGUCGAGGCGGUAAUUAUCCUCGUGGUGGUGGACAGAAGAAGAUGGACAUUCCCAAGUCUGAUUUCGAUUUUGAAUCGGCAAAUGCGAAGUUCAGCAAAGAAGACUUGAUCAAGGAAGCAAUCGCAUCAGGGGCUCCACCCGACGAAAACAGCGCCGCCGGUGAAGCAAAUGGAGGGUCCAGCGACACACCAAAGAGAAAAGAUAGCUUGCCUACCACCGGAGUCGCGUACAACAAAUCCACGUCUUUUUUCGACAAUCUCUCAUCGGAGAUGAAAGAUCGAGAAGAAGGAAAUGAUGGACGUGCGAACGCGAGACAAGCUCGAGGCGAGGAGUUCAAGAAGAAUAUCGAGACUUUUGGCCAGGGGAAUGUGGACAGUGGAUAUCGUGGACGAGGCAGAGCUGGUGGGUAUGGCCGAGGACGACAAUAUGGAGGAACCUAUCGUGGCGGUUACAAUAAUCGUGGAUAUAGCAACAGUGGCUACCGUGGGAAUCGAGGACGGAGUGGUCCAGGACAGGGACAGAUCCAACCCCAAGCUCCGGCAGAUCAGACUGCUGCCCAGUCCUAG